AUGUCGAUGUCCAGCCGUGUGCAAUCCACAUGCCAACGAGCCACGAGGGCCUUUGGCACCUCACCUGCCCUGCUGGCCACCGGCUACCCUUACCAGGGCGUGCCGCGCGACACCCACGGCCUGUCCAUGCCCAUCCCCAAGCCCAGUUCCAAGUCCCCCGAGAUCCCGUCCUAUCCAUACGGGCCGCGGCAGGUCUACAAGCAAUCCAACGGCGGCCUGUACGGCUCUUCCCGCAUCCAGUUCGGCAACAACGUCUCAGAGAAGCACGACGUCAAGACCCCCCGCAAGUGGCGCCCCAACCUCCAGCGCCGGCGCCUGUGGAGCGACUCGCUGCGCUGCUUUGUCCAGACUAGGGUGACCACGCGCGUUCUGCGCACCAUCGACAAGGUCGGCGGCCUGGACAACUAUCUCCUAGGCGACAAGAGCCAGCGCAUCAAGGACCUGGGGCCCUGGGGGUGGAAGCUGAGGUGGAGGAUCAUGCAGAGCGAGACCGUCAAGCGGAAGUUCGCCGCCGAGAGGGCGGCGCUGGGGCUGGGGCCCAAGACGGAUGGUGUGCUUCAAGAGGAGGCCCUGCGCGAGGCGACCGCCGUGGGCAUAGUGCCCCCUGGUGCGCCCACGCAUCAGAGCCAACAACAGCUAAUGGCCGAGACCCAGCGGAUGAUAGAGGGAGACCAGGACUUUGUCAUUGGCAAGGACGAAGGCUUCAUGAAGGAGCAGGCGCGAUGA